GCUGGGUGUUAGCGGGGUGGGGUCGCUCCGAGAUGAGGAGCGGGGCUCCUGUCACUUGGCAGGGACUUAGAGAAACGGCCGAGGCCGGCCAGGAGUGGCUCACGCAACCUCGCGUGCGAACUUCUGCUCUGGUUUCUGAAGAACCUGGGUUGAUGCAAAUCGACCCAGUGGGCAGCAACUUGGAACUCACAGCAAGCAAGAUGGAGCACUACCGGAAAGCUGGCUCUGUAGAGAUCCCAGCACCUUCCCCAAUGCCUCAGCUACCUCCUGAUACCCUGGAGAUGCGAGUUCGAGAUGGCAGCAAAAUUCGAAACCUGCUGGGGCUGGCCCUGGGUCGGUUGGAGGGCGGCAGUGCUCGGCAUGUGGUGUUCUCAGGUUCUGGCCGUGCUGCAGGGAAAGCUGUCAGCUGUGCUGAGAUUGUCAAGCGUCGUGUCCCAGGCCUGCACCAGCUCACCAAACUGCAUUUCCUGCAGACUGAGGACAGCUGGGUCCCAACCUCACCCGACACAGGCCUAGACCCCCUCACAGUACGCCGCCAUGUGCCUGCAGUGUGGGUACUGCUCAGCCGUGACCCCUUGGACCCUAGUGAGUGUGGUUACCAGCCCCCAGGGGCACCUCCUGGCCUGGGCUCUGUGCCCAGCUCCAGCUGUGGCUCCCGAUCCCGAAGAAGGCCUCGAGACAACCGGUCCUGAAGACCUUCUGAGAUAAGCUGUUCUCUGGGUCUGAAUAUCUAGGAUUACUGCUUUUUCUGGGAAACUGAACAUCCCCAACAAAGCCUGGUCCACAGAAUUCCUGCUACCCUGUCCGUCUGGCAUAUAGGAAGGGACUACAGUACUAUGAAGAAUAACAGGUGUGGAGCCUCUGCUGAGUUCUGGAUUGCUUGAGAAGGCUUUAGUCUGCCUUCUACAUACGGAACAUCUAAUCUGCCUUCUGACAGGCUUAGGGAAAGACUUAGGGAAUAAAGGUUCUACCAUUUGUCUGAUGAGCCUCUGCUUGGCUGCUUUGUAGAAAUGAUUUAAAAGGAACAAGAGUCCUUGCCUUUGCCCUCUUAAGAGUACAUGUGUUGGAGGUAUGCGGGGGGUAGGUCGGGGGUGUAAAGCCUAGGCUGGCGUUGGGAGGACCAAGUGUUAAGGAAGUUCAGGUGUAGCCUGUAGUAGAGUACUUCCUAGCAUACAUGAGGUCUGGGAUUCAAUCCCUAGCACUACACAUACACAUAAUGCACAAAAAGCCUCAAUCAGCACUGAGAAUCUAGGUUCCUGGAUGGCUGUUUGCUACCUGAUUUGGGCGGGUUUAGGAACUGCCAGGUCAUUUUUCCUCAAAUGUAACAUGUGUUAUAAUAAGAUUGUUUACUGAGUCACCACAAUAGCCUGCCUGGGUUUGAAUCCUGGUUCUGUCGUAGAAGUUACUGUUUUUGUGACCAUAGCAAGUUACUGAUCUGUGCCUUAGUAUUCUCAUUGUAAUGCAAUAAUGUUUACUUCAACAGGUAUGGUGGGGUAUGCCUGUAAUCUGGGAGACUGACACAGAAGAUCAAAAGUUCAAUUGGGCAAUUUAGUGUGACCUUGUCUCAAUAAAAAAGGGUUUGGGGC